ACAGGUUUAAGUUCAGAAAAAAAACUUCCUCCUCCACAGUCCUUUAUAAAAACACUGAACUGAAAGGAGUUUCAAAAUUACUUCAGUUCAAGUUCAGUGGAGGAACAAGAAAGAUCCACAUCGUCAUUAUUCAUGCUGUGAAUUGGUGAAGGACGAUGGCGUCUGUUGAAGAGCUGCUUGAGGAAUCACUGAAUGAACUGGAAAAAGCUAAACUAAAGAAGUUUCAGUGGCACUUAAAGAAACAUGGGUGUAUAUCAAAUUCUGAUAUGGAGAAUGCAGAUAUCUUAGACACAGUGGAUAAGAUGGUAGCAUGUUUUGCACCAGAAGAAGCUGUGAAGAUCACGAUGGAGAUCCUGAGGAAGAUGAACCAGAAUAAUCUGGCUAAGCAACUGGAGAACAAAUUCAAGCAAGGCUCAGCUGCAGAUGACAGUCAAGCUACUCCCCAUGAUUACACAGAGACCAGCUGCAGACUGAAGAACAAAUUAAAACAGGACUACGAGAAGAUAUUGGUUGGUAAUUCACAGACGGGUCAUCAGAAACACCUAAAUGAUAUUUACACUGAUUUAUAUGUAGUCGAUAAUGAGACUGGAGGAAGAGUGAAUGACCAUGAGGUGAUACAGAUCGAAACAAAUCACAACCAACUGACUGCCAAGGAGAUGCAAAUCAAUUGUAAUGACAUGUUUAAAUUCCAGUGUGACACGGGUCGACGAAACAGAAAAGUGCUGACAAUGGGGAUAGCAGGAGUUGGGAAAACUGUCUCUGUCAAUAAAUUCAUCUUUGACUGGGCUGAAGGAACAGAAAAUCAGGAUAUAGCCUUCAUUUUACCUCUGCCAUUCCGUGAGCUAAAUUUGAUCAGAAACAAGUGCAGUCUCAUGGGACUGCUUAAUAAAUGCUUAUUUAGUGGUACUGAAGAAUUGCCCUCUCUUCCUCAAGGAGAUGGUAAAAUCAUGUUUAUUUUUGAUGGGCUGGAUGAAUGUCGAUUCUCUUUGAGAUUUAAAGAGCCUGAUAGAAUUACAGAUGUUCACAAAAUAACAACAGUGAGUAAGAUAGUUACAAGCUUAAUCAAGAAACAUCUGGUUCCCUCUGCUCUCAUCUGGAUCACAUCCAGACCAGCAGCAGCCAGUCUGAUACCCCGUCACUUCAUUGAUCAAGUGACAGAGGUGCGAGGAUUUAACGAUGAGCAGAAAGAGCAAUACUUCAUCAAAAACAGCAGUUCUGAGGUUUCUGAAAACAUUAUCCGUCACAUCAAGAAAUCCAGGAGUCUGUACAUCAUGUGCCAUAUCCCUGUCUUCUGCUGGAUCUCUCUCACUGUUCUUCAGCCUCUACUGGCUCAAGAGAGCAAUGACAAAACUCCCACAACUCUCACAGGGAUGUACACAAACUUCUUAAUUUCUCAGCAGCAACAGAUGGAAGAAAAAUACUGUGAUGAUCCUGAACCUAAAGCCAAUGCCAGGUCUUUUGAUCAGAUUAUUCUGAAGCUUGGGAAACUAGCCUUUCAACAGCUGAAGAAAGGAAACCUGAUUUUCUACAAAGAAGAUCUUGAGGAAUGUGGACUAGAUGUCAGCGAUGGAUCUGUGUACUCUGGGUUAUGCACUCGACUGUUUCAGGAGGAAAAAGCUGUUUCAGCAAGAAAUGUUUACAGCUUUGUACAUCUCAGCGUACAGGAAUUCCUUGCUGGUCUGUAUGUGUUUUUGAUUAACAGAGACAACAAAGAAAACCCAUUUCUUCAAUCAUGGACAGAAAAAUUUGCAUGGAAAUUCUCCAAAAAGCCACUGUUUAAACUUCACAGGGCUGCAGUCAAGAAGGCUUUAGAAAGCAAGAACGGACACCUGGAUCUUUUCCUUCGGUUCCUCCUGGGUCUUUCAUUGGAGUCCAAUCAGAGUGUCUUGAAGGAACUACUGCCAAAACUGGAACUCAAAACAGAGAAUGUUAAAGACACUGUUGACUAUAUCAAAAAGAAGAUAGAGAAGGAGAAAUCAGUAGAGAGGACCAUCAAUCUCUUCUACUGUCUGAGUGAACUGAAAGAUGACUUUCUGGAGGAAAUCCAGAAGAAUCUGAGCUCAGGAAAGCUUUCAGCACAGAAUCUCUCCUCUGCUCAGUGGUCUGGUCUGGUGUUUGUGCUCCUCAUGUCAGAAGAGACUCAAGAGAAGUUUGAACUGCAGAAAUACAGAAGAUCUGAUGAAGCAUUGAUAAAACUUCUGCCAGUGAUCAAAAACACCAGAAGAGCACUGCUACAGUGUUGUAAUCUCACUGCUCAGUCCUGUGAAAGUUUAUCUUCAGCUCUACAAUCCUCAAACUCUGUCCUGAGAGAGCUGGACCUGAGUAACAAUGAUAUGCAGGAUUCUGGAGUGAAGCUUCUUUCUGACGGACUGAAGAAUCCAAACUGUCAGCUGGAGAUAUUGAGGUAAAUGGUUUUAAAAUAAUUAACUAUGCUAUAAUCAGAGACGGACCUAACCAAUAAGUGAAGUGGCUGCUUUGGGCCUCAGGGAAUCAGGGGGCCCAUCUGAUGUGGUGAAACAUAUUUAGCAAAUGCUCCAGGGUGGAUUUAUGUUUGCACCUGAAAACUGUCAAAGUCAACAUACCUGUUGAUUUCUUGAACACAAUGACUUAUCAGAGGCAUUUAGGUUAGAUAGAAUUAGGCAUGGGCCGUUUAACAGUUUCAAGGUAUACCACGGUUUGAAAACGUCACGGUUUCAAAACCACUAAAUUUUUCUGUGAUACCGUUCCUGUGGUGUCUGCUGUUUUUGUAUGUCAUGUCAAAGACGCAAAGUGCAGGAAUCCUCCAGGCUGUGUGCAGCAUAGUGAGUAACACAACCCCUCCCCCUCCGUUGGUGUGAGCAGUCAGACAGACAGUCACCUGUUUGUGUGUGUGUGUAGGAUGGCAGAAGGAGGCCAUUUUUCCCCUAUUGAAAAAGAUGAAGUGAAGUGGCUGGUAAAUGUCUGAUGA